UCCAGGACAGACCUGUCUCACUGCACAUGGACGAGCCCUGUCUAACCACGCCUGCUACCGCAGCCAUGAAACCCUCGGCACUGUAGACACAAACUACACUACUGUAUUUCUUGCUGUUUGGGAACUGAUGACAGACUUCUUCAAUGGCUGAGGAGGUUUUAAUUCCAUCGUCCGGUAGAAUCACAUCGCACCUGACUGGCUCUCUGUUGGCAGUGGCAUUCCUUACCUCUUUUGGGAGCUCCAUGCUUUAUGGCUAUAAUUUGGCAGUGGUCAACUCUCCUGCAAUGUAUAUAAAGGACUUCUACAACAAGACAGUGGUGAGUCGCAAUGGAACAGGACUCAGUGAAGAGACGUUGACCCUCAUGUACUCCCUCACUGUGUCUGUGUUUGCAAUCGGAGGUUUGCUGGGUUCCCUUAUAGUGGGCAUGCUCGUCACUCAGUUUGGAAGGAAAGGCACAAUCGUUAAGACAACAGUGUUGGUGUUUAUUGCUGGUUCACUCAUGGGCUUCAGCAGGAUUUGUGGAUCACCUGAGAUGGUCAUUUUUGGACGCUUCAUCACAGGACUUCACUCAGGUAUCUCUCUUAGUGUAGUACCAAUGUACCUCGGUGAGAUAGCGCCUAAAAAUCUGCGUGGCUUCCUUGGUCUUGUGCCAAGUAUAUUUAUUGGCACUGGAGUCUUUGCUGCUCAAAUUCUUGGUCUUCAUGAGCUUCUGGGAAAGGAAGAGCACUGGCCCCUCUGUCUUUCAGUGGUGGUGGUGCCUACUUUCAUCCAGUUGAUGCUGUUACCAUGGUUCCCAGAAAGUCCCAGGUAUCUGCUGAUUGAGAAGCACAACGUCCAUGCCACAAUAACAGCUUUAAAAUGGUACAGGGCCAAAUGUAACAUUCAGGCAGAGAUUGAGGAGAUGCAGGAAGAACAGCGCUCUCUGUUGUCUGUGGAGACGAUGUCGGUAUGGAGACUGUUGCUCGACGACAGUGUCCGUUGGCAGGUGCUCAGUGUGGUGGUCAUCAACAUCGGUAUGCAGCUGUCUGGCAUCGAUGCUAUCUGGUUCUAUACUAAUGACAUCUUUGAAAAAGCUGGUAUCCCAAAACCUGAGAUCCAAUACACCACAGCAGGGACCGGCAUCAUUGAAAUCAUUGCUGGACUUAUUGGAUGUUUCACCAUAGAGAAGCUGGGCAGGAGACCUCUAAUGAUUGGUGGUUUUACAAUGAUGGGCAUCUGCAGCGCUGGGAUCACGUUAGCCCUCAUUUUACAAACUAACUUAUCAUUUAUGCGCUACAUCAGUGUCUGCUGUGUGGUUGGUAUCAUUGCUGGCUUCUGCAUCGGUCCAGCCGGGGUGCCCUUUCUGAUCACUGCAGAACUGUUCAAACAAUCCCACCGUCCUGCAGCUUAUAUUGUGGGAGGAUCACUGAACUGGCUCUCCAACUUCACUGUGGGCUUUGUCUUCCCUUUUCUACAAAUGUCUGCAGGCUCUUACUGCUACUUGGUGUUUUCCAGCGUCUGCUUCUCAGUAGCUGUCUACGUCUACGCUGUCAUCCCAGAGACUAAAAAUAAGACAUUCCUGGAGAUCAGCCGGAUGUUCUCUAAGAAAGAGGCCAUCCCAGAGACCCAGUGCCUGACCCAUGUAGACCACAUGAAACUGAAGAAGAUGAAUGGCUAUGGUGGUCUGGAUCACACUUCACUGGAGUUUGACAGCUCUUCUUCUGUGCCAUAAUUAAUAUUUAGUUUUUCCUUUGGAUUAAAAAGUCAUUCAUAAUUCCUUUCAUUAACUCUACUAAUUUUAUAUUUAUUCUGUAAAUACUCAUUAAGCAAACACCACGUCCUCUGCACUUACAGGGACCAAUGUGAGGCCUUUAGGCUUUCAUCAUAGUCAAGGUUAAAGCCACCUUAACAUACAGAAAUCAUGUGCUGUCCUGGUUUUUAGUGAUUCUGUAAUGCUGCUUUUUAGGAAAAAAAUAAAACAAAAC